AUGCAAAUCACCAAGAGCCUCAUACUCCUGGCCGCGUGUGCCACGGCAGCCCUCUCCGUCGCAACUUCGGACACCAACGCAGCAUCCGAAUGUAAAGAUCUCGGUGGUGCAAUGAGUGUCCAGGACCACGAUCUCCCCUCAGACGUCUCGCAGGCCGACGUUCGCAAGUGUGUCGAACACCCUCACGGUCAUGAUCGUGGCGAUCUCAACGCCGGCUCGCUCGCUCCCUUCGGCGACGAAGAAAAAAAAAACCCAACUUCUUCGCUCACAGAGCGCGCCGCUGAUGCUUGCUACAAUGCCGCUCCUUAUGGUUGCUCGAAAGGCUACUGCUGGGCCUCUUGCGGUGAUAAGGGUGAGUGGUGCUGGACUGCGAGGAAGGGUGGCUAUGGAGCCUGGUAUACCUGCAAGACGUUCCAUGACUGCGGGUAUACCGGUUAUUCCUGCGGUAGGGGUGGUGUAUCGGGUGGCUGUAGCUGUUAG